AUGGCAUCAUCAAACUCCCUGGGCUGGUGUACUUCCGCUCUGGUAUCACUUUCCGAGGGGGGAGAAUAUGAACUUUUUAUCCAUGCAAACGGGUCUACGCGGUUACAACUUGAUUUAGUGAAAGCGGCAGGGUCGAAAAGAGUCUUUGAAAUGUUGUUUUCGAGUCAGUUGGUGGGGGUUUAUGAACUGGGGAGAGAGAGUUAUGAGUGGGUGAUGGCGGUGUUGGGGUUGCAGCCCGGGGAAUGUGUGGUGGUGGCGGCGCAUACGGGGGAUUUGAGGGGAGCGAGGAGGGUGGGGAUGAGAACGAUUUAUGUGAGGAGGUGGACGGAUGAUAUUAGUGAGGAUCAGCAGGUUAUGAAAAGAGAAAAUGAUGCGUAUUUGGAGGAUAUGGAGGAUUUGGAAAGGGUAAUUGGGGAGUUAUAG